GUUGAAGGAUCGAAAAUAACAUCGAAUUCAAAGCCAAUAUCGAUAGUCGUGUGUGAGUCGCGAGAAAGGCGUAUGAGCUUUUAUUUUAAGAUGUAUAAUAUGUGGUACUAAAUUUCUCACGCGUAAAGAAAUGUGUUUCGAGGGUAAUGUAUUCAAAACAAGAUCACUAAAUGCAAUGUGUAUUAUGUGUAAUCUUUAGAUAUACGUGUGGCACAUAUUCUGAAAGAUUAUAUAAAUCGAUUCGGAAGCAGUGUUUCACGACAAGUGCGAACGACAAUUAUUGCGGGUCCAGUUCAAUUAUCAUUGUAUGUGACUUUCUUCGAGGAACUAUCCUAAGUUGCUGUUACAGUGAUUUUUUCAUUCAAAUGGUAGCAUCAACUUUAAUACCAAAUGCCUCUGCUGGUAAAAACCGAUUGCCUUUUACAGAAGUUGAGAAUAUUUGUAUUGAUUAUUCUAUCAGUGAAUGAAUUAUUAAAAAAUGCUGUUGACGCUGUGGAGUUCAUUGGUGCAGCACGAAACUUAACAGUGAUUGCUUUCGAGGAUCAAAAUUAUCAUGACAAUGUUGAAACGGGACAAAUCUAUAAGGAAGGAUUGGUGAAAUUAAACAUAUCUUGGCUGCCACCACAAACGAGCCGAAAACCUGAUUCGUAUAGUAUAGUGGUAACGACACUCCAACAAGAUUUCACGAAAAGUCUGAUAGAUUGCCCAGACGGCACUUUAUACUACACUACGGAAAACAAAGAUCAACUACGAGUCGAUCUACCUGAGGAUCCUGUGAUAUAUGGGGUUCCGGAGCUGAAUAUUGUCCCAGGAUGCGUCUACGGAAUUCAAGUGUUUGCUAAUCCUCGCAGAAAUCCCAAUAUCAAUCACCCAAAUGUGGAAUAUAGGGUACCAGAUUGUGUUGGUAAAAAAUGUAGCUGUGCCGGUGUAGAGAAAUCAUUACCCGAGUUAAAAGUAGAUGUAGAAGAACUUCAAAAUAAUGAGAUCUUCAUAAAGUGGACACCUACUGCAGACAACAAUAAUAUCAUAUCUUACACUGUCAGCUAUGGGGUACCUACUCUAGUUUCCAGAGGAGGAUUUCCAGUCUACGAUGCAGUAGAAAUAGCUCAGGUACCUGCAAAUAACAACUCGUUUGUUUGGACUAACGGUAGUACAAAGCUCGAUGGAAUCGUCUAUGUGGCUGCCAAAGAUUCGAACGGUUGCAAUGGGCCACAAGGCAGUUAUUUAGUUAGACCAAUUAAGAAUAAUAAUCAGUACACACGAAUGGUGGUAAUAUUUAUCAUCAGUGCGAUUGUUAGUGUAUCAAUGUUAGCCACUGCAAGCAUGUUCUGGACUCGCAAUCGUAAGAAAUACAUUAUUCGGCCCAACAUCAACAACAAAGACUAUCAUUCGCCUGUACUUUUAUCAGGACGCCCGACAUUAGAUCAGCUUCUAUUGACGAAGCGUAAUGCCCUAUACGUUGAACAGGAAAUUGAGGAGGCUAUCCACAAAGGAGAAGCAGAUAUGAUGGAAAUUUCGUAUGCACGUAUAAACUUCAAAAAAGAAAUUGGGAAGGGCCAUUUUGGAAAAGUUUACCUUGCUAGCAUUGAGGGUUUUGCGUCAUCGUUGGUUGCUGUCAAGAUGAAUAACUUUACUACUUCGUGUAAUGAUGCAGUUUCUAGGAACCAUUUACUCGAUGAAAUCGCGAUAAUGAAGAAUGCUGGGCAUCAUCCGCAUCUUGUGCAGUUGCUUGCAUGUUGCACACUGCCAUCGAAUCCGGUUUGUGCCAUCUUAGAGUACUUAGAAGGAGGUGACUUGCUUGCCUAUCUCCAUGACAUCAGAAGCCGUCUUACUAGUAGUCUCACAAGCCUCCCUAAUGACAGCAUUUCUGCAUGCAGCCCGAGACCGAGUGUUACGGAAACUCUAUAUACAACAUUAGGCAGUGAGCCUCCAGCCACACCUACCAUUGAAGAAUUCACAGAAACCAAGCAAGCAGAUGAGCAAGCCAAAACACAUGAUUAUGUGAAUACUUUGCUUUCUUCAUCGCCACCCUAUUACAACAUGAGCCAGAAACAAGGCAGAGUCAGAGCAGACAGUAUGGGACUAGAGAGUGACGAGUUCUUGAGGUUUGCUAUACAAAUUGCAAGGGGGAUGCAGCAUCUUGAGACAAGGAGCAUUACUCACAGAGACCUGGCUGCAAGGAAUAUUCUACUGGAUUCCAAUAUGAAUCUCAAGGUGUCAGAUUUUGGUCUAUCAAGGAACGGAAUUUAUGUGAUUGCUGAGAAUGAAAGAGCACGACGACUACCAGUCCGCUGGAUGUCACCCGAAGCAAUGCGAGAUCGUGAGUUUUCACCAAAAAGUGAUGUUUGGUCGUACGCAGUCGUUCUUUGGGAGAUCGGAACGCUCGGCGCAUUUCCAUAUCCUGACAUUCGUGACGAUCAACUACUUCGUCACGUAGUUUUAGAAAAUAAACGUCUCACCAAACCAGCAGCCAUCUCCGACAAAUUGUAUUCAAUGAUGCAGGCCUGUUGGGCUGAACGUCCAAGCGACCGUCCCAACUUUUCAAAACUGUUGACCCAUUUGCUAACGCUUGAGGGAGCUUCAUAUUUUCCUUAUGGGAAAAGUAAUCCAUGUUACACAGCGCUGCUACCGACAGAAGAAGAACUGGAAGACGAUGUUCCAGGAAGUCCAAACAUCUUCAACUCUUGAAAAAUGAACUGCAUAGUCCAUGACGAAGUAGUAUUUGAGCUUUUUCCUUCAUUACCCAUUCAAUGGAUGAUUUUCAUUUGACUGAGAAAUUAAAACUGAGGUUGGGGUGCUUUUUUGAACCCUAGAUAUAGAGUCCAUCUAUGACCAAGAUUACCUUUGACCUGUAGACGAACCAUUGAAUGGGUGAUAUACGAAGGAAUCUUUUUUUUCUCGCUCCAUAUUUUACUUACAAUAUUCAGUUACUGUGUAAAUGAAUCUGUAUUCCAUUCUAAUAAUUAAUCAUUCUUGAUAUAACUCAUUAUGUAAAUUCAAGUGCACAAAAACGAAAAUCAUUGGUGAAAUUACUCAGAAUAAGAUAAGAUCAUCUUUGGUUGAACGUAAGAUUAUAUAUGUAUAUUUAUCAUAAUAUGAGUUGUAUAUGCAAUGUAUACCGUUCAUCCAAUAUAACACUUGUAUCAUAGGUUCAACUCCUCACAGAGGAUAGUAAAUAUACCUUUUGCUAGGUAUGGUAGGUCUUAGAGUAGAUCUAAAAAUAUGUAUAUUACCAAACUCCCUCUAAUGACUGAAUGAAUUGACCCGUAUAUGGGCAAAUACAUAUGA